UAGGCCAGAGUCCUGCACUGCUCACACAGUCUUAUAAGCUGCAGAGGCGAGAGAAUAAUCAUGAGGACCUUCCUGGUUGUUGCUGUGCUCAUUGCACUUCUCGCUGUCGGAGCUGAGAGCAUGCGCCUGCCCAGGGAUGCCGAGGAGGGCACCGUCACCAAGGUGCUGGACGCCUUCAAGAGCUACUACGACCAAGGCAUCACCAGCGCCUCCGGAUACCUGGAGAGCAUCAAGGGCAUGAAGCUGGAGGAGAAGGCCAAGAACCUGUUUGACGAGACCACCACCGCUGUGAGGACCUACGCUGGCAUCAUGCAGGAUCAGCUGUACCACAUGAUGCAGUCCCAGUAAAAUGUCCCCAGUCGUCACUUCUCACUUCUCCUCCCUGAAACCCCAACUCAAGGCUCACUCCAACACAGAGGGGCAGUUACACUCUGCCCAGGCUGCUCGUUUCACAUUGCGAGCCUGGCUUGGCUUAGCUCGACUUGUUCCCCCAGAUCCAUACCUCGACUCAAGGACUUCUAUCUCAGCAUGCUCAUUGACACGCUCUCAUCCCCUGACGCCUGCAGUUCCUAACAGCAGCACCGCCUGGGGGGAAACGACUUCUCCACGACCACCACCACAACAGGCCACAUGCUGUAGAACUAUUUAAGACAACCCACAGUGCCACCUAGUGGUGAGGCUGGUCCUUCACGUCUCUACUGGCUGGACCAGCUGGAACCGACUGCAGUGUGAAACUUCUCACGUUAAGGUCUGGAGACACAGUUGAUGUAGAUUUUUGCUCUAUGUCACUUGUUCACACACCACUGUCCACCUGUACUGCAAUAAAAAAGUGCCUGUGUUUGUUAAA